AUGGCAGCGUCUAGGCCUUUCCCACUGCUGGUCGAGGGGUCUUGGGGCCCAGACCCCUCGAAGACCUUGAUCAACAAGUUGCAAAUGUACUCCCAGAGUCGGAAGAAAUCUGGAGGAGGGGAGUGCGAAGUCCUCCCGCAGCCCUGGAAUCCUGCAAGCUUUCGGAUGCUUUUCUCCACGGAGGACGAGCUGUGGUUCUCGACCUUCCUACUGCUACAACCCUAUAAUACAAACUGUGCUGACCCCAUCCUAAGCUUAUUUUCAUGGCUACUUCACAGCUGUAAUUCUGCUGCUGCUAUGAAGUGUAAUGGAUCCAGGACAAAAAAAGAAGCUGCAGAAAAAGAUGAUUUGGAUACAGCACAUUCUCCCAGCAACAGAAUGGAAGAUGUCCUGAAAGAAUGUGAAACUGUUCCCUCCAUGGUGGCAUUUGAAAACCUGCCUGAGAAGGUGACUGACAUAGUGCUGACCAUCCUGGUGGAGAAUAUAAGCGGCUUCCCCAGUGAUGACUUUAAGGUGGAAGUGAUCCGAGAUUUUGGCGUUGCCGUGGUUACCUUUCAGAGGCCUAUAGAUACCAAAAAAUUUAUUAGUGAUUGUAUCGGUCACCAUUGGAACCAACAGCUGCAGCUUGCCCCGAGACUUCUGGAAACAACAAAUGUAGUUAGGGUGGAAAACCUGCCUCCUGGGGUAGAUGAAUACCAGCUGCAGCUCUACUUUGAAAACCCUUCCAUUGGAGGCAGAAGAGUCACCCAGGUUGAGUGUUUCCCAGAAGAGAGCUCGGCGCUGGUUGAGUUUUCAGACAGCAAAGCUGACAUCAACGGCACAGUGACCGUCAGACCUGCUGCCACCUUAGUCACUCACAGACCAAGCAUCAAGACCUGGCAGAGAGACGUCUCCGAGGUGCUGUUUGGCAUCAAGGCUAAGUACGAAGUUAAGGUGUUUGAAGUGUAUCCGCCAGUGUGGGACAUCAUACAGCAUGAGGUAGGAGAUGACAGGGUUCUGAUUGAGUUUGAUAAGGCGAGUCUCACCUUAGCCGGAAAAUCAGAAGAUGUCCAAGACAUUGGCCAGAAAAAGGAGCUAAUAGACAGCACCACGGAAAAGGUCCGAAAGGAGGAGCAGAGUCUGAAGGAGAAAGUGGCCAUUUCUCCAGGGAAACAUUUUCUUUUGCAACACAGUGGUUUCCCGGAUGAUUUAAGGAAAGAAAACCCAGAGAUGGAGAUUCAUUACGAUGCUGCCACUCAGCACCUGUACUUUAAGGGAUUCCGUGCAGAUGUGUAUAAAGUAAAGUGUGACAUCCAAGAAAAGGUGUAUUCCAUGGUUCAGAAAGACGUCCCGAUUCCUUCUGAAGUCUUCAUGUUUCUGCAGCAAGUAGACAGUCAGGAAUUCUCCAAGACUCUUUUUGAAGCACAAAAAAUUCUUGCCACAUAUGAGCUGAACGGUACAGCUCUUCUCUUGAUGGCCUGUUCUUUCAGAGCCCUGGCAGAAGCAGAGAAGAGCAUACUUGAUGCCUUGAGUUAUAAAAUCAUUGAAGUUGAAGACAAGGAAGUUCUUAGAGGCAAUGUAUGGAGAAAGAAAAUUCAACCUCUGCAAAAAAGACACCUCUCCACUGCAAGCAUCAUGAUAAAGAAUGAAUUAACUUCAGGAACCCCAGCGGAGGUCAUCAUUGCAGGCUGUGUGAAAGAAGUAAAUGAAAUCCAUGGCCAACUUUUUGAGUUCUUGGAGAACACCAUGAAAAUUAAAAGGCUGGUUGAAAUUGAAUCGGUCUUGAUUUUUGAGUAUUUAAGGGCAAAGAAGAAUCUGUUCUGGCCAAAGAUAAGGAAGGCCAAUGUGCAGGCAAGUUUUAAGCUGGAAGAUGAACCAAAAGGCAUUUUACUAACAGGCUCCAAGAGUAAAGUUCUAGAGUGCAUGAACAUGGUCAAGCAAAUCCGGGAUUCAGUCUGCAUUAAAAGGUCCCAGAUUGAUAAGCCUGGUGCUAGGCAAUUCUUCCAGGACAAAGCAUCCUAUUACAAAAGUGAGAUCAAACGCCUGUAUGGAUGCAUCAUUGAGCUCCAGGAGGGAGCAGAGAAGGACAAAGACAGGAGCACUUUGAAAAAGAUUUAUCUGGUGGACAUAUCUGCAAAGGUUGCUGAGGCCUUUGCUGAAGCUGUAGAAACUACAUAUAAAGCCUCCCUCUCCCACACAGCUUCCCAGUCCAGUUUAACACCUUUAGAAUUAGUGCCACCUGGAGAAACGCCACAGACACAGGACUGUGUGCUGGUGUCCCCAGAAGGCCUGAAAAUCCGGCUGGUGGAAGAAGGUGUGCAGAAUGCCAAGACUGAUGUCGUUGUCACCUCCAUUCCCUCGGAUCUUGUGCUCAAUAAAGGACCACUGUCUAAGGCCUUACUGGAAAAGGCCGGGCCAGAACUCCAGAAGGAACUGAAUGAAGCAGGACAAGGGGUCCCUGUCAAGGCAGGCACAAUCCUACAAACCAGUGGCUGUCAUCUGAACUGCCACCACGUAUUUCAUGUGGUCGCUCCACAGUGGAAAGUCAACGACACUGCAUGGUCACUGAAGAUCAUGAAAAACAUCAUCAGAGACUGUCUAGGAACCACCGAGGCACUCUCUCUGCAAUCAAUUGGAUUUCCAGCAAUAGGAACAGGAAAUAUGGGGUUUCCUAAACCCAAAUUUGCUAAAUUAAUAAUUUCAGAAGUGCUCAAAUUUAGUAGCACGAACCACCCAAAAACUUUACAGGAAGUUCAGUUUCUGCUGCACCCAAAAGACAUGGAAAACAUUCAGGCAUUUUCAGAUGAAUUUGACAAAAGGAGUCAUGGAAAUCCAAGUGACACUCAAGGGUUUUAUGAAAGUCUCUCCAGCCCUACAUUAGGAGUGCAUGAAAUUAAUAUUGGCCCAAUUCUCUUCCAAGUGGCCAUGGGGGACAUCACCAAAGAAGUGGCAGAUGUGAUUGUCAAUUCAGCAUCAAACACGUUUACUCGAAAAUCAGGAGUCUCCAAAGCAAUUUUGGAAGGUGCAGGACCAAGUGUGGAGAAGGAAUGUUCUGUCUUGGGUAAGGAAGGAAAAGGGUACUAUGAGACAGGGUCCAGGAUGUCAAAGUGCAAAGUCCUUGUUUACCUUGAUGGAGGAAACAGUGUUUAAAAGAAUACAGUUUGUGUGUUGGAAGAAAGCAAAUGGAGGGAAUUUUCAAAAUAUGUCAUACCCAUUAUAGAGUCAGGAAGUGCUCAACAGGACCCAGAUGCAGUUGCUAAAGCCAUAAUGGAUGCCAUUGAAGAAUUUAUCCAGAAAACAUCAGUGCAGGCUGUGAAGAAAGUCAAAGUUGUUAUCUUCCAGCCUCAUAUGCUGAGUGUUUUUUAUGAUAACAUGAAAGACAGAGAAGGCUCCCCGGCUCCUCCCCAGCCGUCUCUACUAUCUAAGAUCAGCUCCUUUUUUGGCUUUUCAAAGCACACUCCGCACAAACAGAACACCCUGUUUUUGGAGAAGAAAAUAGAGCAGACAGUUUUCCAGGUAUGUGGCAUAGAUGAAGACAGUGUGGAACGCACGAUCUCCUGGAUACAGAAUCUGAUCGCCCAGGAGCAGCUAUCCUAUCGCAGUGACGAUGAGUGUGUCAGAGACUUUGGUGAGAAGGAGUACAAGAAGCUGAAUGAGCUGCAGGAGAGGCUGAAUAUCAUCAUUGAGCUGGACCAGAAGACACCUUUGAUUAAAGUUACAGGAAUUAGCAGAGAUGUGAUAGAAGCCAGAGAUGAGAUUGAAAACCUGAUCAAGGCUAAAGAGAAGGAAAGCCAGGCAGACUAUGUCCUCACAUUCCUGGAAUGGCGAUAUAUUGUCAACAACAUCACACACUGUUUCGACAAAACAGCUACCAUGCAGUUGGAGAACGCACGGCAAGCAAAACACAGGAGCACUGUUGUCAAAAUUAAUAAUCAGAACUUCAUAGUGAACUUGAAGACAAACAUGGCCACAGGCCCUCAAGGACAGAGUGUCACAGUUCAGCGCAUCUUAAAAGAUGAAGCUGAAAUCCCUUCAAAUUGGAGUGACAUGGGACAGAAGAAAUUACUUGUGGUCAGUCUGCAAACCAAUGAUCCUGAGUAUAUCACAGUGGCAAACCAGUUCCACCAGACCUGCCAAAAUUUCGCCAUAGAGAAGAUUGCAAGGAUCCAGAAUCCUGCUCUCUGGAGGAAGUAUCAGGCAAACAAAAAAAUCAUGGAUGAAAAGAAUGGCCAUGAAAGAAAUGAGAAUCAACUCUUCCAUGGGACGGAGGCUAGCUCUAUUCCACAGCUCAACAGCCACGGAUUUAACCGCAGCUAUGCUGGGAAGAACGCUACAAGCUAUGGGAAGGGAACCUAUUUUGCUGUCAAUGCUUCCUAUUCAGCUCAUGAUACAUAUUCCAGACCAGAUGCCAAUGGGAAGAAGCAUAUGUAUUACGUGCGGGUUCUCACUGGAAACUACACAACUGGAAACCAGUCACUGAUUGUGCCUCCUCCAAGGGACCCUCAAAAUCCUACUGACUUGUACGACACUGUCACAGAUGAUGAUAAAAACCCAAGUUUAUUUGUAGUGUUUUAUGACAACCAAGCAUACCCAGAGUAUCUUAUCACCUUUAGGCAGUGACACUUCAGGGCACCUUCAUGCAUCUGCUGCAAGACAAAUUUUAACUGUCUUCCUCCUUAUGUUGUCUCUAAGAGCACAAGGUUUUUCUUUGCCAUGGACAUGUUUCCUCAGCUACUCCUCCAUGGUAGAAAUGAAUUGCCACACCAACUC